GCAGCAGCAGCCGGUGCGGCUCCUCGACUCCUUGUUUGCUGCAGGAUCGCAAAAGUGUCAAAAGAAGAAGCAUGUGGAUCUCUGACAGGUGACUGGAUCCGGGUCGAUGGCGUGAAAAAGCUUCCGUUUGUUCGCGCUGCGGUGAUUUAAAAGAGGAGAAAGCUGACGCGAAGUGAAGCGAUGAUGAACUCAGGCACACCGAAGCCACCGCUGGCUCCAAAGCCAAAGCUGACCCAGCACCAGAGGGCGGGGUUAUCUCCCAAAAUCCCCAGAAGGGAUGGAACCCCGCUCCUGUCUCCCGGCUCACCGAGGAGGGCCAAGCCGGUGCUCGCCCCCAAACCCUGCCUCUCCAAACUCAGCACUGCUGUGGAAUCCAAGCCACGGAUACCAAAGAGCCCGCACCAGAUAUCUGUUCCGGACCCCCCUCGGACUGUGGGGCUUCUUAAUUCCCAAAAUGGAUUACAGCAAGAGAACAAAAAGCCGGACUGGGAUUAUGUUAUUCCGAUUUGCCUUUGCAGCCAAGAAAACUGCAUGUGCAUCCGGACCUCACCGGCAAAUGCUAAACAUUUGGAGAAAGACUUGAAACCAGUGCACAAUGGCAAAGCUAAAGAAAAUGAAAAUGGUCUCCAGGCAUCUCGAGGCAUUUUUGAUAACCACAAAGACCAAACCGACAGUAAAACACACCAAGUAAAGAACACUUCCUCCUCCAGUACCCUCCUCGCUCUUCAAGCAGACAGAACUCUCCACACAGUCGCUGGUCGUUUUUGUCCUGGUGUGACUGUCGAGCUGUCGUCUCCUCACAGAACAUGGAGCGACGAGGCAAACGGUAACACAUUACCUCAGAGUGUAACAGGGCGAGGACCAGAGGAAGAUGCUCUUGGCUCAGAGCAGACCGGUGUGCCUCAACCCAGACUGGUCCCAGCGGCCCCUAGGAAGCCCGUCCCCGUCCCUGUACCUCGCAAGCCCAGGCCGGCUGCCUUGGCCCGUCAGGAAAAGGUGGAGAGGGAGGAGAUCGUCAGCCUGGAAGGGAUGAAGACCAGCGUCACAGAGGUGAAGGUGUCAUCGGAGGGGAAGUGCAGCUCUGUCAGUGUACCUGCUAAUGAGAGCGAGCCCAACAUUUGUCUGUCUGCAAGGAAAGCGUAUGUCCCGCCAGCGCCUCCGCCCAGGAAGAAGCCGCUGCUGUCCAAACCUGAGACGGCAGCAGCCCCCGCUCCUCAGACCCCCCCGAAGGACGUGAUGGAGGAGGAUCUGGGCUGGGACAGCAGCGGCAGCUUCGGAAUGGAGGUCUCCGUGGAUGAGGAGGACGUGCCCAACAAGGAAACAGACGAUCGGAGGGCGACCGACGGCCACCUCGCACACCGCCCCGCGUCCAGCGGCUCACUCGCCGAGCAUCCUGCCAUCGCUGCAGCCGCAGCAGAGGAGGGGAAGGCUAAAGUAGUCCCAAAGAAGCCUCAGAGAAACAGCAGCCCGAUGGCAUUGUUUCAGAAGAGAGAGUCGCAUGAAGAGGACGAUGUGGGGGAAACCGGAGUUUAUGAGGAGCAUCUGGUCCGUCCUUCACAUGAUGGUGUUCUGCAGAAGAGAGUAUUGAGGGAGCUGCCUUUACCUCCAAAGGAGAAACCAAGCAAAAACCUCUUAUCGGGAGGAAUUGUCAAGCCUUCCCGGUCCAGCCUGAACAAGCAGAAAGCCAGAUCGUUCUCGGCCGCUGAUCUCAUUGUCUCUGAAGGACAGAGGAGGAACUCUUUCCGGAAGCUUCUCGACUUGAAGCUCUCUGUACCCAAAAUGUUACCCAAGCUCAUGGCCAAAGGGAGCCAGAGCCCAGACUCCUCCGUGACUGAUAACGGACACACCGUCUUCAAGGACCAAGACGACGGUCAAAAGUACCCUGAGAGUUUCAGGCCUUCACGCAAACUAUCCUGUCCACUGAUUGGAGUGGAGCAGAGUGUGGAUGGAGACGAGUUUCCUCUUGGUGUGGAACAAACGGGUUACUACGAGAACGUCCCGUACUACGAGGAGAUACCAGACUAUGUCAAUGAGCAUAUUUACGAGGCAACAUCGCCGUCUCAGGCCUCCUCUUUGCAGCCCGGGACCGGGCAGAACCCACUGUACAGUGAUGAAGGCAUUUAUGAGGAGCAGGAGCCGUACAUCUCUCUGGUGAAACCUACAGACGACCACGAGCGUCAGACACAAACAGACAACGACAAAAGAAGUUCUGUCGCUGAGGAGGCGGCUGUUGUGAACGAGGCCCAUUCGGAUGACGACAUCGCGGCCGACAGCUCAGACGAAGAGGACGAGGAUGACAGCAGCUCGCUCUCGAGCAAAGGCGACCCCGAGCAGCCAGGAGAGAGCUCGAAGCAGAGUGACAAGAAGAAAAGCAAAAUACACCACAUCGCCACAGAGAUCAUGAGCUCGGAGAGUGUGUUUGUUGAUGCCCUCAAGCUGCUUCAUGUUGACUUUCGGGAUUCUGUGUCGCAAGCGUCUCGUCAGAGCGGGAAGCCCGUGAUCGAGGAGCGCCACCUCAACCAGAUCCUCUACUACCUCCCCCAGCUCUACGAACUCAACCAAGACCUGCUCAGAGAGCUGAAGCAGAGAGUGGCCACAUGGGAUGAGCAUGCCCGGCUGGCUGAUGUCUUCCUGAAGAAAGGGCCCUAUCUGAAGAUGUACUCCACUUACAUCCGGGAGUAUGACAAGAAUGUGGCUCUGCUGGAAGAGCAGACCAAGAGGAGUCCGGCGUUCGGCGCUGUAGUACGAACCUUUGAGGCGAGUCCACGCUGUGCCAGCCUGGCUCUGAAGCAUUACCUGCUGAAGCCUGUGCAGAGGAUCCCUCAGUAUCAGCUGCUGCUCACAGAUUAUCUUAAAAACCUGUCUGAAGACUCAUGUGACUACAAGGACACUCAAGCUGCUCUCGCCAUAGUGAAAGAGGUGGCCAAUCAUGCCAAUGACAUUAUGAAACAAGGGGAUAACUUCCAGAAGCUCAUUCAGGUGCAGUGUCGUCUGAACGGCCAUCAUGAGAUUGUCCAACCUGGACGGAUCUUCCUCAAAGAGGGGAUCCUGAAGAAGCUGGCCAGGAAGGUCAUGCAGCCCAGAAUGUUUUUCUUGUUUAACGACACGCUGCUGUACACCACCCCCGUUCAGUCGGGCCAGUUCAAGCUCAACAACAUGCUGUCGCUGGCCGGGAUGAAGGUUAGCAAACCAAGUCAGGAGGCCUAUCAGAACGAGCUGAACAUUGAAAGCGUGGAGCGCUCCUUCAUCCUAUCCGCGAGCUCGGCUGCAGAGCGAGAUGAAUGGCUGGAGGCGAUCUCUACAGCGAUCGGCGAAUACACCAAGAAGAAAAUCAGCUUUAUAUCCGGAAAACCUCUUCAUGAGGGAGGACUCGGGGACGGGGGUGACGGCUCUCCUUUGGGAUCCAAAGCCCCCAUAUGGAUCCCCGACCCGCGGACCACCAUGUGCAUGAUCUGCACCUGCGAGUUCACCUUGACGUGGAGGAGACAUCACUGCCGCGCAUGUGGAAAGGUGGUGUGCCAGGCGUGCUCCUCCAACAAACACUGCCUGGAGUACCUGAAGAAGCAGCCGGCCCGAGUGUGCGACCAGUGUUUCGCUGCUCUGCAGCAGCAGAGGAGUGAGAGCCCGUCGUCUGCCGCCUUGUCUCCCGGAAGCAAAGCGACGUUUGCUUUCCCGCGCAGGCAGAAGAAGAUUCCCGCAGCCCUGAAAGAGGUGUCUGCAAACACGUACGAUUCCUCCAUGAGUGGCUACCUGCAGAGGUCAAAGGGCACCAAGAGGCAGGGAAAGAGGCUGUGGUUUGUCAUCAAAGAUAAAGUCCUCUACACGUAUGCUGCCAGUGAGGACGUGGCGGCGUUGGAGAGUCAGCCGCUGCUGGGCUUCAUGCUGAAGUUCGAUCCUUCACAGAAGCUGCAAUUCAAGCUUUACCACAAAAACACACUUUACUACAUUUUUAAAGCUGACGACAUGCAGACGGCCCAGAGAUGGAUCGACUCUUUCAAAGAAGCCACGGUGCUCUAAUGUGUCGACAGCGGGGGGGUCAGAGGUCACAGGUCUUCACCCGGCUUAAUGUUUUACCUCGGCGCUCUCUGGAUGCUGCAGACACCACCAUAGUGUUGAACACCUACCAAAUUUAACAUUUUUAUGUUUCUAUCAGAUUUAGUGUAGCUUUAGAGCACUCCUGUGGAGUCAGGAUUUAUUAAUGUUGUUGUUUGUCACUGAUUUUAUUUCCUUCCCGUCGGGAUGCGUGUAGAUUUGUCCCAGAUUUUAUUCCACAGUUAUCUGUAACAGCUAUCAUUAGCCGGCUGAAGCACAGAUUUUAUCGGAUUGUCGAAGCAUAGAUUUGUCAAUGAAAGACAAUCGUCCGGAGAUUUUACAUGUUUACUGUUCAUCAAUAGUUUUCACAUCUGAACAAGUCAUGACGUUGUCUAUUGUCGGGGAGUGUUUUUUUUUUUUUCCUUCUUUUAUACACAUGUAAGGAGUUGUCAAUAGCACACAUGCACACUUUUUAUCAAACUUUCACCUGGCGUUAUGAGGAGUUUUUGUAACUUCCGUGACGGUCGGUGUCUUGGCGUCACAUCCACUGUAUGUUAAAACGUAAUGACGUGUUUUCUACCUGACUCGCUUCACAGGCUGUACAUAUAUCCACACACGGAAGUGGAAUUAAGUAUUCUUGUAAAUAAAAUGUAAUCAAAUUGUCAUAAACCUGAUUUUUACUGCCUAACUUGUAAGUCUCUGUAUUUUAUUUUUUAACAAAGUUCAUUAAUACUGAUGUUACCCUUUUGUGGGUGUUCUUUUUUUUUUUUUUUUUUUUUUAUUACUCAUGUUGCUGUUCUUUAAAUUAAACUUUAAACCCUGAAGCAAACUCA